ACUUGUCAUUUUGGGAGAAGAUGCCUGAACCCGCGAAGUCUGCGCCCAAGAAGGGCUCCAAGAAAGCCGUGACCAAGACGGCCGGCAAGGGAGGCAAGAAGAGGCGAAGGACCAGGAAGGAGAGCUACGCCAUCUACGUGUACAAGGUGCUGAAGCAGGUCCAUCCUGACACCGGGAUCUCCUCCAAGGCCAUGAGCAUCAUGAACUCGUUCGUCAACGACAUCUUCGAGCGCAUCGCCUCCGAGGCCUCUCGUCUGGCUCAGUACAACAAGCGCUCCACCAUCACCUCCAGGGAGAUCCAGACCGCUGUGCGGCUCCUGCUGCCCGGCGAGCUGGCCAAGCACGCCGUGUCUGAGGGCACUAAGGCGGUCACAAAGUACACCAGCUCCAAGUAAACUGUCCGCUGCGGAAGUUACUCAACCCAAAGGCUCUUUUAAGAGCCACCAACUGUGUCUGAAGAACGCUGAUCCUGACACUUUAAUCUGUUAUGUUGAAGACUGCGCUUGCGAUAAAGUCGAUAUUUUAUAAAAGUUGAUGUACUGAAAAUAAAACUGAACUUAAACUUUCUAUAUUUUGAAGGGUAAGCGGUAAACAUUGAGUUUUUGCAGUGAUGCAGCUGAUAAAUCUGGAUGUCUAGUGUUAAAA